AACACAGAUAACAAUGACAUAUCAGCUCCAAGGGCUUCUAAGGCUCAUUAUCAGACAGCUUCGUUGCGUGUCUUCUUUUUCUCUAGUUUAAUAUCUGACUUUAAUUUUUUUUUAACUAGCAUUACAGGUUUCCUCCCACGUGCCUCUCCACGGUCCAAAAAUAUAAUUGUCUCCAUGGACUGAAGAAACCGCUUUUGAUGAGCAGUGCAACGUCUCCACAAAAACUCAAACAAGUCCAGUUGCUUUUGUUUUCAGCCUUUUUGUUUGUGGACGUAAUCCUGUUUACUCACUGUUGUCUGAGCCCAUGAAACUGCUUUAGGAAAGCCGGACAAACCUUUACUUCAACACGCAUGGCAGGAAGAGGUAUUUUAAAAUAUAUACCGAUAAGGCAUAACAUUAUGACCACCUUUAGAUAUUGUGUAGGUCUCCCGUGUGCGUCCAGAACAGCUGUGACUCAACAGUUUUGAGGGUGUCCUGUGGUGUUAGUGGGGUGCUUUGAGGCCUAUAGGUUGAGAGGUGGUCAUACUGUAAUGCCUGGUUGGUAUAUUGGUAUACAGUAUUAACCUAAAAAGAGAUGUAAACAUGUGACCUGCGUCCAAAAGGUGGUCAGUGGUCAUAAUGUUACGCCUGAUCGGUGUGACAUUCAUUCAGUGCAAAAUUGCAAUUCAAAAGUCAUCAUUUGAAGUUUGUGUUUUUGCGCAAUAACAGAUCUUACACAUUAGCCACGCUUUCGCUUACAGUUUGUUGUCUGGCCUUAAUUAAUGAAUGCAAGGACAACAUCUUCAAUAUUUAAUUAGGUAAUUUAGUUAAUUUAAGAGGAAAGUCAAGUCAAGUUUAUGAACAAUGCGCGUCUCUGCUCGCAGCCCGUGUUUCUGUCUUCCAGCUGUUAACAGGCUGCCCGACAGUCACACACAAAAAGAAAUUAAAAAAAAAAAAGAGUAGGCUAUGCUGCGGUGUGUCUGCUGUCGUCAUCACGCACCAGAGUAGGUGGGGGGUGACGUAUGGAGCAACCCUCGACCAUCUCUCUCUCGCGGAUGCUGCGACCGAGCUCCUGCACGCCAGCCCCUCCUCCUCCUCCUCCUCCUCCUCCUCCUCCAAAGAUGUCGCAUGAGCUUUUCCUCUCACCGCGGCGUUUCUUCUUUUCUUUUUUUCUUUUCUUUUUCUCCCAGCGCCCUUAACAGUUAACAAUAAUUCGGUCAAAUUAGCGACAGGGAGCCGCCAUCCUCGUCCGCACACCCUCUCACUCCCCUCUCUCUCCACAAGACGGAGGUGUUAAAGCCCUCAACCCGGCGCAUCCUCUCUCUCUCUCUCUCUCUCUCUCUCUCUCUCUCUCUCUCUCUCAGCCGCAGAACUCCUCCGACCAAACGUCAGUCAGGUGACCGCGCGGAGCGGAAUAUUCAUCGGCACCGUUUCGUCGUCUUUUCAUCCCUCCACUCCUUCGGACUCCUUCCAGGCAACCGAACCGGAGAGCUUCUGCAGCCCCCGGCCCCCCCACCCCACACCCCCACACACACCCCCCCUCUUUCUCUCUCUCUCUCUCUCUCUCUCUCUCUCUGUCUCUGUAUCCUGUCAUCCGGUCGGUGUGGGACAUUCUCCGCUCCGCGCGCGCACACACACACGCAGAUUAACGGGGAUUCUGCCUCCGCCGCCCGCGCGCUGAUGCUGGUGUCCUUGAGCUCGGCCUGCACGGUGAGUCGGUCCUGGUGGUGCAGCAGUAGCUACCUCUGAACUGGAUCCACUUCCAGUCUCUGAUUUAUCAGCCGCCUUUGCCUUGCUCGCCCCUCUCUCCACCGGUCCAUCACCCCUCCAUCCCCCGCCUGUGAGUCCGUCCGCCCGUUCGUCCGUCCAUGGACUGGCCGUGAUCCUGGAGGGAGGGGGACCGAAACGAGGAAAGCGUGGAGUCACAGAGGAGACGAAAGGAAAGGAAAACUGGAUUCAUUCAGACGUCACGCUUCUGAAGUGUGCCCAGCUCGCUGUCCUUCACCCCCCACCCACCUCCUCCUCCUCCUCCACCUCCUUCUGUUAUGGAGAUUUAAAGGAGCAGUGGGUGGCUAGGGCCAGACAGUGAGGUGAAAAAAAAAAAAACACACACACACACAACCAGCGCCCGUCUAUUGCCCUUAUAUAGAAUUAACAAGUGGCUUGGGUGCUUCAUUAGAAUUACAUUUUUAAGUAAACAAUUAAGACAGAAACAAGAGUGUGACGGCUGAGCACAUGAACUCUCCACCAACCAAACAAAAAGGGGCCUGAAUAGAGAGCAGAAAAAGAGAGGAGAACCGAAACAGAUAAAUAUAUUCAACUUACUGACAUGUCAACAACAGCCACAAUGGGCGAAAUGGCAAACAGCGCUGUGGAGUUUUAUCCCAAAGGGACUCGAGGCGGGGGCGGAGGAGGAAAGGUGGACGGCACCCAUGCUGGGGGGGACUUUGUGGUCUCGGUGAAGGAACUCAGGGAACUGAUGGAGCUUCGAGGGGCCGAUGCCCUGCAGAAGAUCCAGGAGAGCUACGGAGACACAGAGGGGCUCUGCCAGAGACUACAGUCCAGCACCACUGAUGGUCUCAGUGGGGAUCCAGCAGACCUGGAGCGUAGAUCCCAAACAUAUGGCCAAAAUUUCAUCCCCCCAAAGAAGGCCAAGACUUUUCUUGAGCUCGUGUGGGAGGCCCUACAGGACGUCACGCUCAUCAUCCUGGAGGCCGCCGCCAUCAUCUCCUUGGGCCUUUCUUUCUACCAGCCUCCGGGAAAAGACACUGAAUCAUGCGGAAAUGCGGCAGGGGGUGCAGAGGACGAAGGCGAGGCCGACGCCGGCUGGAUUGAGGGUGCAGCCAUCUUGCUGUCUGUUGUGUGCGUCGUCCUGGUGACGGCGUUUAAUGACUGGUCCAAAGAGAAGCAGUUCCGGGGUCUACAGAGUCGGAUCGAGCAGGAGCAGAAGUUCACUGUCGUGCGGAAAGGAAACGUCAUCCAGAUACCUGUAGCUGACAUGGUCGUGGGGGACAUGGCUCAGGUCAAAUACGGGGACCUGCUGCCAGCUGACGGUAUAUUGGUCCAAGGGAACGAUCUGAAGAUAGAUGAAAGCUCCCUCACAGGAGAGUCUGACCACGUACGCAAAUCUGUGGAUAAGGACCCCAUGCUGCUCUCAGGUACUCACGUGAUGGAGGGAUCCGGCAGGAUGCUGGUGACAGCCGUGGGUGUCAACUCACAGACGGGCAUCAUCUUCACCUUGCUGGGCGCUGGGGAAAUGGAGGAAGAAGGGAAGGAGAAGAAAGAGGACAGUACUCAGUUGCUCAUCCCCACAGAUGCCAGUCACAGCACAGUCACCAAUGGAAAACAACCCGACGGAGCGGUGGAGAACAAUCAGAACAAAGCCAAGAAGCAGGAUGGGGGCGUCGCCAUGGAGAUGCAGCCCCUGAAGAGCGCCGAGGGAGGCGAGGUGGAGGACAGGGAGAAGAAGAAGACCAACAUCCCAAAGAAGGAGAAGAGCGUGCUGCAGGGCAAACUCACCAAACUGGCCGUCCAGAUCGGCAAAGCGGGUUUGGUGAUGUCAGCCAUAACUGUCAUCAUCCUGGUGCUGUUCUUUGUCAUCAACACGUUUGUCGUCGAAGGUCACACAUGGUUGCCAGAGUGCACCCCAGUCUACGUCCAGUACUUUGUCAAGUUCUUCAUCAUUGGAGUCACUGUGCUGGUGGUGGCCGUCCCAGAGGGCCUGCCUCUCGCCGUCACCAUCUCUCUAGCCUACUCUGUCAAGAAAAUGAUGAAGGACAACAAUCUUGUACGACACCUGGAUGCGUGCGAGACCAUGGGCAACGCCACGGCCAUCUGCUCCGACAAGACGGGCACCCUCACCACUAACCGCAUGACUGUAGUGCAAGCGUUCAUCGGCGACGUCCACCACCGUGUGGUCCCAGAUCCUGGACAGAUCAACCCCCGGAUCCUGGAUCUAUUAGUCAAUGCUAUCGCUAUCAACAGCGCCUACACCUCCAAGAUCCUGCCGCCUGACGUGGAGGGAGGCCUGGCCAAGCAGGUGGGCAACAAGACAGAGUGCGGCCUUCUGGGAUUAGUAUUAGACCUGCAGCAGGACUAUGCCCGCGUACGGGAGCAGAUCCCUGAAGAAAGACUCUACAAGGUGUACACAUUUAACUCUGUGCGUAAAUCCAUGAGUACGGUGAUCAAGCUGCCGGACGGUUCAUUCCGCCUCUAUAGCAAAGGAGCCUCCGAGAUCAUGCUGAAGAAGUGUUCCUACAUCCUAGAAGCCAACGGAGAAGCGCGUUCGUUCCGCCCUCGUGACAGAGAUGAGAUGGUCAAACAGGUGAUCGAGCCGAUGGCGUGUGAAGGGUUGAGGACCAUCUGCAUUGCUUACCGUGACCUGCCGUCCAAUCCGGAGCCGGACUGGGAGAACGAGGCCGAGAUAGUGACGGAGCUGACCUGCAUCACUGUGGUGGGGAUAGAGGACCCCGUUCGGCCUGAGGUGCCUGAGGCCAUUCGUAAGUGUCAGCGCGCAGGCAUCACGGUGCGGAUGGUGACUGGCGAUAACAUCAACACAGCCAGGGCCAUCGCUGCUAAAUGCGGCAUCAUCCACCCUGGAGAUGACUUUAUCUGUAUAGAGGGCAAAGACUUCAACCGGCGAAUCAGGAACGAGAAGGGAGAGAUUGAACAGGAGCGCAUUGACAAAAUCUGGCCCAAACUGCGCGUGCUGGCUCGAUCCUCGCCAACUGACAAACACACACUGGUUAAAGGCAUCAUCGACAGCACCGUCUUGGAACAGAGGCAGGUUGUUGCAGUGACGGGAGACGGAACUAAUGACGGGCCAGCUUUGAAGAAGGCUGAUGUGGGCUUUGCCAUGGGUAUUGCAGGGACGGACGUGGCCAAAGAAGCGUCCGACAUCAUCCUGACUGAUGACAACUUCAGCAGCAUUGUCAAGGCGGUGAUGUGGGGGCGAAAUGUCUACGAUAGCAUCUCCAAGUUCCUGCAGUUCCAGCUCACGGUCAACGUAGUGGCUGUCAUCGUGGCCUUCACGGGGGCCUGCAUCACUCAGGACUCUCCUCUGAAAGCAGUGCAGAUGUUGUGGGUGAAUCUGAUCAUGGACACGUUUGCUUCGCUGGCUCUGGCCACCGAGCCCCCCACUGAGGCCCUGUUGCUACGGAAGCCCUACGGCCGGAACAACCCUCUCAUCUCACUGACCAUGAUGAAGAACAUCCUGGGACAUGGAGUGUACCAGCUGGUCAUCAUCUUCACCCUGCUGUUCAUAGGUGAGCGCAUGUUCAACAUCGACAGCGGCCGCAACGCUCCCCUGCAUUCCCCUCCCUCCGAGCACUACACCAUCAUCUUCAACACUUUCGUCCUCAUGCAACUGUUCAACGAGAUCAACGCCCGCAAGAUCCACGGGGAGAGGAACGUCUUCGACGGCAUAUUUGGCAACCCCAUCUUCUGCUCCAUCGUUUUGGGGACCUUUGCCGUGCAGAUCGUCAUCGUCCAGUGGGGAGGGAAGCCCUUCAGCUGUGCUCCUCUCAACGUGGAGCAGUGGCUCUGGUGUCUGUUCGUGGGAGUUGGAGAGCUGCUCUGGGGCCAGGUGAUCGCCACAGUGCCGACAGAACGGCUGCCGUGUUUGAAGGAGGCGGGGCUGGGCCUGGAGCCCGGGGAGGAGGAAGGCGAGGAGAUGGCGGAGGACGAGGAAGAGAUCGACUGUGCCGAGAGAGAGCUGCGCCGUGGACAGAUCCUGUGGUUCAGAGGCCUCAACCGUAUCCAGACCCAGAUGCGAGUGGUGAAAGCGUUCCGUAGUUCGCUGUACGAGGGCCGGGAGAAACCGGAAUCUCGCAACUCCAUCCACAACUUCAUGGCCCACCCCGAGUUCCUCAUCAACGACCUCAUCCACAACAUCCCGCUGAUCGACGACACCGACGUGGACGACGAAUCAGAGCUCAGUAGAUACCAGCACCUGCACCCGGCCCUCCGCAAGCCGCCGCCCCCUCCCGCCCAGCCCCAGCCCCCGGCCCGCACCCGCCCCACCCGUCCCUACCGCCAGUACAGCCUCCCGGUGACUCCAUGCAACCGAAACAACAACAACAACAGCAGCGGCAGCAGCGGCAGCAGCAGCAGCAGCGACUCCACGGUCACCCUCAGCGAGAAAAACGGCGCAGACGUUGCAGUGACCCCCUACGACCGGAGCCCCUACCACCACCGCCACCAACACCACCACCAACAGCACCACAACCACCACGGCAGCAGGGACAGACCGGCAAAGCCCUCCGCUCCUCACCUGGCCCAUCUGUACUGCGUGGAGACCUCCUUAUAACUGAGCUGAACGUGGGGGUGGGGAGUCCUCGUGAAAGGGGGAGGAAAAAGGGGGAAGAGAGAGGGCUGAGCGCGCGCGCACAUGACAUUUUCAUCCAAAUCUCCCUUACAUCACUGGAGGGAGCGAAGGAAGAGGGAGGCACAGGAGGGAGCGGACAAUGGCCCGGAGACUUCUGCUUGCAACUCCCUGAGAACAUUGUAAACUUUCCCUCCCUUUGCCCUUGCUCUAGCCCUCUCAGUCUGACUCCCCCACCCUCACCCCCUCUCUGACCCCCUCACUACUUCAACAACCCCCCCACCCACACACCCACCCCCCCAAACCCCAACCUAACCACAAAGUCACAAAGCCCCGUGUCUGUUGUGGUUGUGGAGGCAUAUCACGCACCUUCCUCCUCCUCCGUCUCCGCCUCCGCCUCCGCCGCCGUCCGGCCCCACCCAACCACAUGCUUGCCACACACAGACAGGUUUACCCUCGUUAUAUUAUCCUGAGUGAUGGUUGGGAUGGAGGGAGGGGGGGGAGGAAGAAGACAGACAACCAGAGAAACAACAACAACAACAACAUGCCCCUCAGUGCUUCAGCAGGACAGGGCCACGUGGCUACGGGGGCUGACCCAUCCCGUUUCUAUCGGUGUUCAUUACUAGUGUUGUCGUCACCCACCCGCCCGCCACCACGACCAUUUCCCCCCGGCUCGACUCUGCGGCCGCUUUAAAAGUCACUUCUUUGCUUGCGAUAUAAGUAAAAAAACGCUUUGUUGGAGCUUUAACUAGACCUUAGUCAUUUUCCAUUUUGCGAUUCUUUUUAUUUCUCAACAUGAUGGUGCUCAUUCAUUUCUUCAUUUCUUCCAUGUUUAGUCCCACGUUUUUUCUUUUAAAUUCGGUCAUCCCUCUUUCUCUCAGUGUGUGUUUGUGUGUGUUGUCUUGUCUCUUAUGAAAAAACAAAACGAAAAAAAAAAAUGUAACAAAAACAGAAACUGCAAACAAAGAUGCCAUCCAUUUAAACUUAAUAGUGAAUAGAAUGCAAAAAACUAAACUAAAUGAUGUGAGGGGGAUAUAUAUAUACAUACAUUUAUAUAUAUAUAUAUAUAUAUAUAAUUUGAAUGUUUGGGAAGCAUCAACACACGACUCUCCAUCCAUGGUUCAUCAUUUCCAACAUUGUUUUCCGGCCCAGUCCCUGAAUGCCGCCCCAUACGUCCACAUGACUUGUUAUCUGUAUGAGAUGAUAUGGUUCGUGGGACCUCAUGUUUAAUUUGUGUGCACACGUAACGUUUAGUUCAGUGCAGCACAGAAUUCCUUUACAGCCUCCUGCCAUGUCGACAUGAGCGUGUGUGUGGGUUAAUAUUUAUGGCCUUCGCCCGGGGCAUCGUACUCUCUCUUGCUGUUCCUCCUUUGCUUCCUUUGUCUCGUCCCUUCCGGUCUUUUGCGUCAGCGGGUGUAUGUGUGUCAGCUUUAUAUUUAUUUAUUUAUUUAUUCAAUUAUUUAUUUAUUUAUUUAUUGUCUGGAAAAGACGAAGAAGAAGAAGAAAAGAAAAAAAAAACGCUGAGUGCAUGUAAAGCAUUAACCCUUUAACUGCCAUCAAACACGCAAUGCACAGGCGAUGGCCCUUUAAGACGAACGUGCACUCACGUCAAAGCCGCUCCUGCUCACGUGCCCCCACAUCCCCGAACCCCCCCACCACCCCUCCCGAGCAGCCAGUCUAAUAUCAGUGUUCAGGCCUUUACAACCCGGGACAGCUUAUGUGUUAUCUCCUACUGCAUAAUCAUCAUUUGCAAUUUGUUGACACUUUAGAAAAUCAGAAUGUAUGAGUUCAGUUUGCUGUGCUGUCUGUGCCGUGCCACCACGAGGCUACAGCCGGCAGCAGGUUAAGUUAGCUUAGCUGAAAAACAAAGGGGGGGACAGCUCUCUCAGAUGAGGCUACCAGCACAAUCUAAAGCUCACGAAUGAACACGUCACGGCUCGUUUUUUUAAUCUGGACUAAAAUGGUUCACCGAUGACAAAUAGGAUGGUGGGAUUAUCACGACGCCGCGGCUAUAGGCAAUGAUAGGCAAGCGUCGAUUUAGCAUAAAUUACAGUUUCUAAUUAGCUCCAGCUUCCAUGCAUCUUAUUUCUGCUCGUGCAGGAGUAAAAAUCCAUUCUGUUCGCUCUGUUAUUACACAAGACGCGUGUUCAUUUAGCGGUGUAAGCUGUAUGAGGGCCUGAGUGAUAUUAUAAAGGGUUAAAAUGUAAAAGGGCAUUUUAAUUCAUAACCCUUCUUCAAGUGCGAAGCCCAAAGUCUCAGGUAAAAUAGAAGCUGUUCCAGAAACUCUAUAGAGCAGGGGCGUAGUUGAGGGGGGGCCACAUACGGCCCAGUGUGAUCUCAAGGAGGCUGCACCAGUGACAUCAACUCUGAAUUGUUCCCUUUGUUGUUAAUGCAUUCAUUGAACUGUCCUUUCACAAAACGUCAAGGCUGAACUUUCAUGAGAAAAAUCUGUGUAAUUUUGGCUCAGUGUUGGUUUUUUAUUGCCAUUUCAGUCACAUAUAGAAGGUGCAGUACGUAGUAAGAUGAGAGGACACAGCACGUGUGAGCUUAUGCAGACGAAGAUGGUUAACUGAAGCAAAAAAAGGUGUGUUUUUUUACAUGUUGGAUAAUAUCUGAGUUUGUCGGUUUCCAGGAUUAAACGAGCGAGAAAUCACCCUGUUAAUUAGUGAGCUUUAGAGGUGCUGCUAAAAGUUAAAUUAGCUAAAUGAAGCUAACCGGAAAGAAAGCAAACAAGCAGAACGCUUUACUAAUGCUUUAAGACACGCUGUGUUCAAGCUGCCCAGUGUAAAUAACACUGCAUGAGCACACACACACACACACAAAAAAAAAAUAACAAAAAAUAUAAAAAAAAAAAAAAAUUUAAAUCAGUUAGCCACCCACAAGGCCACAGGUGAACUCCACCGUCACUUCACCGAACCCCCCACCUCGACAUUCCACGGACAUACAUUCCAGACAACGGCAUCACAUUCCAGAGCGGGUGUGAGAGCGCUCUCCUGCGUCCCACGUUGCACUAGGUACGGGCGAACCAAUGACUUUCACGUCGCCUCGGAGGCAAAGCAAUGCAAACCCGGAGCAACUACUCCCUGCCUCCCUCCCUUCCUGCCUCCCUGCCUCCCUUUCCCCCACCUCACCCUACCCCACACGCCCUCUCAGAGUCACGAGCUGGUCCCACCCCCACCAACAGGACGAUAAAGGGCAGGAAAUAUGCAACGGGGCUGCCACGUCAACACCUGUGCCCAGCUGCAGGGGUAGGAAGGCCACAUCCGAAAAACACGCGGAGCGAACGCGUCUGUCCUGCUAGUUGUUUCAGGAUGCAUGCAGGGCUCUCUGGGAAACACCCUUACCUGUACAGAACUCUGUCUUCUUCUCGAAUGCUCAUCAUCAUCAUCGUCGCCGCCCUGACCCGACCCGACUCAACCCGUUGAAGUGCGGGGGGGAGGUGGACAGGCAGCGGCGGCGGCGGCUUCUCUGUAUUUGGUCUGUCUGUUUUGAAGCAUGCAUUUGGUAUCAUUAAUGUCACUUUAUGUGUUGGUAAAUCAUUUAGGCUACUGUCACUUCUGUGUGCUAGAAUCUCUCCACAUCUGCUCUCUCUCUCUCUCUCUCUCUUUCAAACACAAACGCACAUCUCGUUCGAGUCUCUAACCUAUUCUAUUUCAGCACCUCUGAGCACGGCUACAUCAGCGCUUUCUGUGCGUACAGUAACCAAACGACAGUCGAGGAUGGGGAGGGGAGGGUGAGGUUGAGGGGAGGGUGAAGGGUGAGGGGAGGAAAUCUACAGGCGGUGUGAAGUCGACUGUCCAGUUACAGCCAUCUCCGUCCAUCCGUCCAGCCACAUUACAUCAUGAUGUCGAUGUGAGACAGUUUCACAGAAUGGGAAAAUGUGAAAAAUCUAAAUAUAUUUAUCGAAAAAUUAUAAAUGGUACAACGGCACCACUACUGUACAGAUCGCCCAAAUGUGCACAUGUGCAUCUUUGAUUUACAGGUACUAUGUUCCUGUUACACUUUUAUUUUUGAUGUUUCUUUCUUUUACUUCUAUUGCUUUUUGUAAAGAGAGGAACAACAAAAUGGAAGUGCUUGUAUAUUAUGAUUAUUAUUAUUAUUAUUAUGAUUAUGAUUAUUAUUAUUAUUGAUUUUCUCCACCGGUGCUCCCACUGAUGGAAAAAGACAGUUGCACAUUCUCCUGAGCAUAUUCCGAGGGCUGUGUUUUCUGUCCAAUUGAACAGCCCCUGAAGUGUGCAGAGGUGUGGAGAUACUUUAACAGUCUCUAAAGACCAGAGACUAAAAAACCGCUCUGUACAUAAGAUGACAGGGGAUGCGAGCGUACCUCAUUACGAUCUAAAAGGACCGGAAACAAAAAAAAAAGCGGGGGAACCCGGGGAGGACGGAGAAACCCGGAGGGCGGUGCAGAGCUAGAGACCGCAGAAGUGCAGUGUGUCCGUCGCAUUGUUUAGGCUGCUCUUUUAGAUCUGACACGAGUAUUUACUGCCAUGCUACACAAAAAGGGAGGGAUACAAGGUUUUACAUUAUUCAUUAUACAUACUGUUGUAAAUAUUGUGUGUGGAAUGAACCCCCCGACCCCCACCCCCCUUCUUGCACAACGCAGUGCUGUUCUACAGACAGAAAAUGCAGCCUUAACUGUGCUGAAAUGAAAAAAGUCCAAAAAAAAAAGACAAAAAAACAACCAUAAAGACUAUUGAAUAUAUUAAAGAGUUACCUGCCUGUUAUUUAAGCGAAUAAAUAUCUAUAUAUGAGAAAGAACACACCUGUAUACUGUAGACUAAAUCUGUAUGGAAAUCUAAGAGAAUUUAAUGGGAAUUAAGUCCAACACCUUUUGUCUGUAUGAAAGAAAAAAUACAUCAAAGUAUUCUACAAUAAUAACUUUGACAAAGUC